GUACAUUCAUGUGACUAAAUAGCAUACCAAAAGGGAAAAUAAAAUGCAUGCAGCAAUAAUGACGUUGUCUAUAUAAAUAGAUAAGCAGAAAUAAGACAGGGCACAAGAACCCGUCUCUAAUGUAGUCCAAGUAUCUUUGAGCAUGACCUAAACUAAAAGAAAGUCCAACCUCAAGUAGUCCCUUCAACUUUGUAACCUGAUAGAUCAAAGGAAGUAGAGCUAAGCACAAAAGGGAAUGUGCACGAUAUAAUAUCUCAUGAAGGAAAAAAGAAACCAUUCAUCAUAGCAAGAUAAUUCUCAUGUUCUUUUUGCUCCAAAUUAUGGCCAAUUAAUUCUCAUUGAUUGCUCUUUAAUUCCUUUAGGUGUUUGUGAUUAAAUAUCAAGGUAACUCUUCAAUGCCCUUUCAUAGUUAUUUAUCUCAUAUAAGGACAAAAGCCUUGUAAUCACUGAUAAUGGAAUAAUACCUUAAUUUAGAUUACCCAUUGCUUCCAACAAUUGCAGCCUUAGCUUGUUGGUUAGUUUCCUAGAAUUUCAUUUUGCUUCCCCCAAGCUAAGAACGCUAUACACCAAUGUUGUCAAAAUCGCGAGUCGGAACGUAGAAUCGCACGAUUCUACGCGUUUUUGGUGGCCUUCCGCGUUGCGUGCCCAGGCGGAAGCGGAAUCGGGUGGAAUUGUGCAGAAUCGCGUGGAAGCGUAGCGGAAAUCGUAGACUCGUAAGAGUCCAGCGAUUCUACGCGAAAUGUCCGCUGGUUUUCCAAGACCGAAAGGUCGAUCGCAGCGAUCGAUCAAGCAAGGGUCCAAGAAACCCUAACUUUCCUAAGUCGCGUCGCGAGCCAUCGUCGCCGCAACUGCUGUGCUUCGUUCUUCUUCAGCAACCAUCGUCUCCUUCACGUACGCGUCUGUCUCCUCCUCCCUGUGCGUCCGGUGUGCGUCGACCGGCACUGUGACUGACUUCGAUUAAAGGUACGCCACCAUCCGCCUCUGUCCCUUCUCCAUCUAUCUCAUCUGUGGGUCUCUGUUCUUUACUUCUUUGGCCGUCUCUGUCCCGUCUGCAUCUCUGAAGGUUGUUGGCCACGUCUGUGGUUCGCGAGCUGCUGUUGCAGAGUUGCAGUGUCGUUGGUGAAGCUGAAGCUGCGUGGUGGUGUUCUUGUUCUUCUUUAAUUUCACGAAAAUGAGUAGAGAAGCUAGUGUUGGUGGGUCUGGUGAAGCAAGCUCCAAUAGUGGUGCAGCCACUCCAAGCGUAGCUUCCACAACUAGUGGAACUUCAGAUUCCAAAAGAUUGGCAGUGAAUGCUCCUGGAAAUAGAUCUGAUCCAGGUUGGAAACAUGGAAUUGCAGUUGAUGAAAAUCCAAAGAAAGUGCAAUGCAAAUACUGUCAAAAGGUGAUAAAUGGAGGGAUUUAGCAUCAUUUAGCAGGAACACAAAAGGAUGUUGGAGCAUGCAAGGUUGUUAGUGAUGAUGUAAGGAAGGAAAUGUGGAAAAUUGUAUCCUCAUUGCAAGAAAAUUUAAUAAAGAGGGCAAAGGAGAUUGAAGGAAGAUCAAGUGAUUCAAGUCCUCUUGGCCAAUAUGAAGAUGAGGAGGUGGAGGGUGUAAAAAGACAAAGGCGAGAAAUUGCAAAGAAUCCUGCUGAUCUAUUCAAGAAAAGGGGUGUGAGUAGUCAAACUACCAUCAAUGGCAUUUUCAAGAAGAAUUUGAGGGAGGAAGCUUGCCAAGGGAUUGCCUCUUUUUUCUACAAUAAUGUUAUACCUUUUCAUGUGGCAAAAAGUGAUGAAUUCAAGAAGAUGCUAGACUUGGUUGCAAGACAUGGUAUUGGCUUUAAGCCUCCAUCCUACCAUGAGAUUAGAGUCAAGUAUUUGAAACAACAAGUUGAUUGCACCAAAGAAGUUAUAGAGCAGCACAAAGCAUUUUGGAAGAAAAUGGGAUGCACAAUUAUGACUGAUGGGUGGACAGAUAAGAGGAGGAGGACUAUAUUAAACUUCUUGGUUAAUAGUCCUAUGGGAACCAUUUUUUUGAAGUCAAUUGAUGCAUCUGAUAUAUCUAAAACAGCUGACAAGAUUUUCAAGUUGAUGGAUGAAAUUGUUGAAGAAGUUGGUGAAGAGAAUGUAGUGCAAAUUGUCACAGACAAUGCAGCAAACUACAAAGCAGCCGGGGAGAUGUUGAUGGGGAAGAGAAAGAGGCUAUAUUGGACGCCUUGUGCAGCUCAUUGCAUCGAUUUAAUGUUGGAGGAUUUUGAAAAAAAGAUACCAAUACAUAAAGAGACAAUUGCACGAGGUAAAAAGAUCACAACUUACAUCUAUUCAAGGACUGCGCUUAUUUCUCUAUUGCAUCAUUUUACCAAAGAAAAGGAUUUGAUUAGACCAGCCACUACCCGUUUUGCCACAUCUUACUUGACUUUGGGUUGCUUGAAUGACAAUAAGGGAGCAUUGAUUAGAAUGUUUACAUCCAAAGAAUGGAAAUCUAGUCAAUUUGCAAAGACUAAAGAUGGAAAGGUUAUUGAAAAUGUGGUAAUGGAUAAGGACUUAUGGAAAAGCAUUAUUACAUGCUUGAGGAGUGCUUAUCCUUUGAUCAAAGUCCUUUGUUUGGUAGACUCAGAUGAGAAGCCUGCCAUGGGGUUCAUUUAUGAGGAAAUGGACAGGGCCAAAGAAAAGAUACAAGCUGCCUUUAAUGGUAUUAAGAAAAGUUACUUGCCUCUAUGGGAAAUUAUAGAUGCAAGAUGGGAUAAUCAACUACAUCGGCCUUUGCAUGCUGCGGGCUAUUACCUUAACCCUCAAUUUCAUUACAGUCCUAAUUUUAAAGCUGACUUUGAAGUGAAAAGAGGAAUAUAUGAUUGUCUACAAAGGAUGGUUGAAAGUAUGGAAGAAGUAAAGAAGAUUGAUGCUCAACUGGAAGACUUCAAAUAUCGAAAGAAAUUCUUUGGUAGUGCAGUAGCCACUUGUGGAAUUGAAACCAAAACUCCAGCACAAUGGUGGGAAUCAUAUGGUUAUGAACAUCCUGAGUUGCAAAAGUUUGCUAUUCGUGUUUUGAGCUUGACAUGCAGCUCAUCUGGCUGUGAGAGGAAUUGGAGUGCAUUUGAGAUGGUCCACACUAAGAGAAGAAAUCGUUUGAAGGCAAAAACGAUGAAUGACGUAGUCUUUGUGAUGGCUAAUUCAAAAUUAGCCAAGAAGAAGGAAUUGAGGAAAGUCAAUGACUAUAGCAUUGAUGACCUAGCUUCUGAUGAUGAUUGGAUUGUGGAUGAUAGUGAAAAUUUAGAUUUGGAUGCUUCAAAUGAAGAUUUGGUUCCAGUUGAAGAAGGACCUAGUAGUGGAGCACCUCAUGAUGAUUUGGAGCUGCCUAGUUAUGAUGAUGAUGAAGUUGAAGAAGGUGGAGAUGCCAUGGAGGAUGCUGGAGAUGAAGAACACAUGGAGGAUGAUUAUGAAUUCAUGAAUUUAUGAAGCUUAGAACUUAACUAUUAUUUUUCAUGUUGUAGACUUAUAUGUUAUCUAAAAUUUGUGACUUAUGACUUAUUUUAUGUGUGGAUUGUAGAAGACCUUAUAAAUGUUUAGUUUAAUCAAAUGUUUAAUGUGUUUUUGAGGUUAUUAAUCUUAUCUAUGUUAUUUUCUAUGAGUAUAUAUAUGUUUAUAUAUAAUUUUACAUUUUGGUAGAAACUUACG